UCCCGGCCGGCCCCGGACCAGCACAGCGCUAUGGCGGCGGAGGAGGUGGACGGCUUGGGCGUGUCCCGGCCGCACUACGGCUCUGUCUUGGAUAAUGAAAGGUUAACAGCAGAGGAAAUGGACGAAAGACGGCGCCAGAAUGUAGCCUAUGAAUACCUUUGUCAUCUGGAGGAAGCAAAGAGGUGGAUGGAGGCCUGUCUGAAUGAGGAGCUUCCUCCCACAACAGAACUGGAAGAAGGAUUGAGAAAUGGUGUCUACUUGGCCAAACUUGGAAACUUUUUCUCCCCCAAGGUGGUUUCUGUGAAGAAAAUCUACGAUAGGGAGCAGACUAGAUACAAGGCAACUGGUCUCCACUUCCGGCACACUGAUAAUGUAAUUCAGUGGCUAAAUGCCAUGGCUGAGAUUGGCCUUCCUAAGAUAUUCUACCCAGAAACUACUGAUAUCUACGAUCGCAAGAACAUGCCGCGCUGUAUCUACUGUAUUCAUGCACUCAGCCUGUACCUGUUCAAAUUGGGUCUUGCCCCCCAAAUUCAGGAUUUAUAUGGGAAGGUGGACUUCACAGAGGAAGAAAUCAGUAAUAUGAGGCUUGAACUGGAGAAGUACGGCAUACAGAUGCCUGCCUUCAGCAAGAUUGGAGGAAUUCUAGCAAAUGAGCUCUCUGUGGAUGAAGCAGCAUUACAUGCUGCUGUCAUUGCCAUUAAUGAGGCAAUUGACCACCAGGUUCCAGCUGACACUCUUGUGGCAAUGAAGAACCCUAAUGCCAUGCUAAUCAAUCUUGAUGAUCACUUGGAAUCUACUUACCAAGACACUCUCUACAGAGCAAAAAAAGACAAGAUGGAGAAUGCUAAAAACAGGAUUUCCUCAGAAAAUUCAGAAAGAGAGAGAGAUGUAUAUGAAGAACUUCUGACUCAAGCUGAGAUUCAGGGAAACAUCAAUAAAGUGAACACAUCUGCAGCCAUAUCCAAGAUUGGCCUCGCUUUAGAACAAGGAGAUGCGUUAGCUCUGUAUGAAGCUUUAGCAACACCAGCCCUGGGACUCCGAGGAUUGCUACGAGAAAAUUGCGACUGGUAUUUCAAGCAGUUUUUGAGUGAUAGACAACAGAAACAGGAGGCUGGCAUUGCAGGUCUUCUGCAGAAGGAGGAUUUACAGUUGGGAGUGGAUGCUGCUAACAAAGCAGCACAACAAUAUCAGCAAAGGCUGGCAGCAGUGACCAGAAUUAAUGCUGCAAUUAGAAUGGGUGAUGCAGAGAAGACUGUGGCAGAAAUGAUGAACCCAGAGGCCCAGCUACCAGAGGUUUAUGCAUUUGCUGCUGAUCUUUAUCAAAAGGAGCUGGCCACCUUGCAGCAACAAAGCCAUGAUGGUAACCUCACCCAUGCAGAAUUAUCUGUUGCUGUAGAGAUGCUCUCUUCUGUGGCUGUGAUUAAUAGGGCUUUGGAUUCAGGGGAUGUGAGUACAGUAUGGAGACAACUGAGCAAUCCUGUCACAGGUCUGACAAACAUUGAGGCUGAGAACUGUCAGAGAUAUAUUGAUGAUCUGAUGAAGCUGAAAGCUCAGAUGCGUGCAGAAGAAAAUGACUUUAUCACGUGGAAUGAUAUCCAGUCAUGUGUGGAUCGUGUGAACUUAGCUGUGCAUGAAGAACAUGAAA